GCUCCUCUAUUUUUUUCUGGUCCACUAAAAUGGCUGUUGUCGAGGAUGGGGAAUAGGCUUUCAUUCGGCGGUUUAUAAAAAAAUAUACCGACGUACUACACAGCCGAAGACUCACAAGAGCAACUAAUUUCUAUUAAUUUGUUCUUGGAAAGGUUCGGUGGUGUUAAAGACCAGCUGCAGCUAUGGACACCACCACCUCCAUCAAGAUGACCACCCUGGCCAUCCAGAACCUCUUCAGCUACGUGGAGGACGAGAACCUGACCGCCCUCAAGGUCCACCUGGACAAGUUCAGGGAGGUGGAUGGCAGGAGCGACAAUGGCCAGACUCCCCUGAUGCUGGCCUCAGAGCAAGGCAGUCUGGAGAUAGUACAGGAGCUCAUUCGUAGAGGGGCCAACGUCAAUCUGGAUGAUGUGGACUGCUGGUCGGCUCUGAUCUCUGCUGCCAAGGAGGGCCAUGUGGAGGUGGUGCAGGAGUUGUUGGACAACAGUGCCUACAUAGAGCACAGGGACAUGGGAGGAUGGACUGCUCUCAUGUGGGCUGCCUACAAGGGCCAAAAAGAGGUGACCAAAGUUCUCCUUGACAACGGAGCCAACCCCAACACUACUGGGCAGCAAUACAGUGUCUACCCCAUCAUCUGGGCAGCGGGCAGGGGGCAUGAGGAGAUUGUCAAGCUACUCCUGGAGAACGGUGCCAAGGUUAACUGCUCUGACAAGUAUGGCACCACUCCACUGAUCUGGGCUGCCAGGAAGGGCCACUUUGAGUGUGUGAUGCACCUGCUGGAGAAUGGAGCGGAUGUUGACCAGGAGGGGGCGAACUCCAUGACGGCUCUGAUCGUGGCGGUGAAGGGGGGCUUCACCGAGGUGGUGAAGGAGCUUCUGAAGAGGAACCCCAACGUCAACAUGACCGACAAGGACGGCAACACGGCCCUGAUGAUCGCUGCUAAAGAGGGCUACACGGAGAUCGUGCAGGACCUGCUGGACGCAGGCACCUACGUCAACAUCCCGGACAGGAGUGGAGACACAGUGCUGAUCGGAGCAGUGAGAGGAGGCCAUGUGGAGAUAGUGAGAGCCCUGCUCCACAAAUACGCUGACAUUGACAUCAGAGGACAGGAGAGCAAGACAGCCCUGUACUGGGCGGUGGAGAAGGGCAACGCCACCAUGGUGAAGGAUAUCCUGCAGUGUAACCCAGACACAGAGACCUGCACCAAGGAUGCAGAGACUCCUCUGAUAAAAGCCACCAAGAUGAGGAAUAUCGACAUAGUGGAGCUGCUGCUGGACAAGGGGGCCAAGGUGUCAGCAGUUGAUAAGCGAGGAGACACGCCUCUCCACAUCGCCAUCCGUGGGCGGAGCCGGAGGCUGGCGGAGCUCCUCCUUCGUAACCCUAAAGAUGGCCGCCUGCUGUACCGGCCCAACAAGGCUGGCGAGACGCCCUACAACAUCGACUGCAGCCACCAGAAGAGCAUCCUCACCCAGAUCUUUGGAGCACGCCACCUGUCCCCUACGGAGUCUGAUGGGGACAUGCUGGGGUACGACCUGUACAGCAGCGCCCUGGCGGACAUCCUGAGUGAGCCCACCAUGCAGCCUCCCAUCUGCGUGGGCCUGUACGCCCAGUGGGGCAGCGGCAAGUCCUUCCUGCUCAAGAAACUGGAGGAUGAGAUGAAGACCUUUGCUGGCCAGCAGGUGGAGCCACUGUUCCAGUUCUCCUGGCUGGUGGUGUUCCUGUCUCUGCUGCUGUGUGGCAGUGUUGCUCUGGCCCUGGGCUUCAGUGUAGACCCCAAGCUGGCCAUGGCUGUGUCCCUCAGCCUCCUGGCUCUGCUCUACGUCUUCUUUGUGGUGGUCUACUUCGGAGGGCGUCGCGAGGGCGAGAGCUGGAACUGGGUGUGGGUGAUCAGCACCCGGCUGGCACGCCACAUCGGCUACCUUGAGCUGCUUCUCAAGCUGAUGUUCGUCAACCCCCCGGACCUGCCCGAGCAGACCACUCGCGCCCUGCCCGUCAGGUUCCUGUUUACAGACUACAACCGUCUGUCCAGCGUGGGAGGGGAGACGUCCAUGGCGGAGAUGAUUGCCACCCUCUCAGACGCCUGUGAGAGGGAGUUUGGCUUCAUGGCCACCAGGCUCUUCAGGGUCUUCAAGACCGAGGAGACGCAAGGGAAGAAGAAGUGGAAGAAGACGUGCUGCAUCCCGUCCUUCAUCAUCUUCCUCUUCAUCCUGUCCUGCCUGAUCACCGGCAUGGCCCUGCUGGCCGUGUUCAAGGUGGACGGCGCCAACCAGACGGUGAACGCCGUGCUCAUCGCCAUGGCGAGCGUGGUGGGGCUGGCACUGCUGCUCAACUGCCGCACCUGGUGGCAGGUGACCGACUCGGUGCUCAACUCCCAGAGGAAGAGGCUGCACAGCGCCGCCAACAAGAUGCACAAGCUGAAGAGCGAAGGUUUCAUGAAGGUGCUGAAGAACGAGGUGGAGCUGAUGGCGAGGAUGGCCAAGUCUAUCGACGGCUUCACCCAGAACCAGACACGCCUGGCGGUCAUCAUCGACGGCCUGGACUCCUGUGAGCAGGACAAGGUCCUCCAAAUGCUGGAUACGGUGAGGGUCCUCUUCUCCAAGGGCCCCUUCAUCUCCAUCUUUGCCAGCGACCCCCACAUCAUCAUCAAGGCCAUCAACCAGAACCUGAACAGCGUGCUGCGAGACUCCAACAUCAACGGCCACGACUACAUGAGGAACAUCGUCCACCUGCCCGUCUUCCUCAACAGCAGGGGCCUCAGCAGCGCCAGGAAGAUGUGCUCCGCCGCCCCCGCCAACGGAGACAGCAACACAGCCGACGGCUGGCAUGAGGAGUUGGACAGGAAGCUGUCCCAGCAUAGUCUGGGAGAAAUGACCAAGUUCGGCAGCAAGACCGCUCUGAAUCGCAGGGACACCUACAGACGCAGGCAGAUGCAGAGGACAGUGACUCGACAGAUGUCGUUCGACCUGACCAAACUGCUGGUGACUGAGGACUGGUUCAGUGACAUCAGCCCCCAGACAAUGAGAAGGCUGCUGAACAUCGUCUCCGUCACAGGUCGUCUGCUGAGGGCCAAUCAGAUCAACUUUAACUGGGACCGGCUGGCGUCAUGGAUCAACCUGACAGAGCAGUGGCCAUACAGGACUUCCUGGCUCAUCCUCCUACUGGAGGAGACCGACGGCAUUCCAGACCAGGCCACGCUCAAGACCAUAUAUGAGAGGAUCUCUAAGAACAUCCCCACCACCAAAGACGUGGAGCCCCUCCUGGAGAUCGACGGCGACGUCCGCAGCUUCGAGGUCUUCAUCUCAUCCCGUACUCCGGUCCUGGCCGCCCGCGACAUCAAGACCUUCCUCCCCUGCACCGUCAACCUGGACCCCAAACUCCGGGAGAUCAUCGCAGAUGUGCGAGCCGCCAGGGAGCAGAUCAACAUGGGAGCGGUGACCUACCCCACGCUGCCCCUGCAGGAGGCCGCCCCCCGCCCCGCCUCCGUCUACAGCCAGCAGUCCUCCGCCAUCUCGCCCUCGGCCUCCUUCAACCCCUCAGGGAUCAUGUCCCCCCAGCCCCACAGCAGCUACUACAGCGGCAUGGCGGGGCCCCAGCACCCCUUCUACAACCGGCCAUAUUUCCCCCAACAUGUUUACCAGCUGCCACGCCAGUACGUGGGCAGCUCCUACCCACCUCAUGCACCUCCUCGCCCACUCAUUAAAAGCGGGUACCCCAAGGAUCCAAGCGGUGGACUCUUUAAGGUACCAUCUUUGAAAAAGAAUCAGGGAUCUGCCUCUGUGGUGUCUGGCACCCCGGCAAUCCUCCUCAGCUCCAUGAACACAGACGCCGUGUGUGAGCGCGUCAAACACACCGAGGGCAUGGACCAGAGCAUGAUGGCACAGUACACAGCCACCAUCAAGAAGGCUAAUGUGAAUGGCAGAGUUCUGACCCAGUGUAACAUCGAUGAGCUCAAGAAGGAGAUGAACAUGAACUUUGGUGACUGGCAGCUCUUCAGAGCCACAGUUCUGGAGAUGCGUCACGUGGAGAACCAGAUGCUGCACGAGGAGGCGCACAGCGAACAGGGCAGCAGCGUUGGGGAAAACGUGCGGCGUGCCUCAGCCCCGCCCCACGCCGGAGCGGCUAAUCCGGACGGCUCGCCAAUGUACAGCUUCAACCUGAGCUUCGAGGAGCUGAGCAACGUGGGCUUGGAUGAGCAGCCCAGGAUCCCCAGCAACCCCCCCUGGAUGGGCACCACCCACCGCACCCCCAGCAUGUCCAGCCUCAACUCCCAGGAGUCGUCCAACGACAUCUGCAAGCUGACGGACAAGCAGCAGUCCGAGUACCGCAACGCCUACCAGGAGUACAUUGCCCAGAUGGCCACCCUGGAGGUGGGCGUAGAGAAGCCUGUCCAGCCCCACCCCGGGCAGUUCAUGCACUCCGGUUCAGAGGACAAGGCUAAGGACGGCGCUGAGCAGGACAGCCGCAAACCCUACACCAAGAGAGGGGCCAGCAAGCCGGCGGCGGACGCCACCGACUUUGCCUCCAACGUGGAAGCUCUGGACCCCAUCACGGAAGAGGAUGAGAAGCUGGACCACGGAUCCUCCAAGUCCCUCUUGGGGCGCAAGAGCUCCGCUGAGAGGGGUCUCUUCCAGGGGGCGGCCGACCUGAAAAUGAAGGCGGCGGGUGGGCUGCGCUACCAGAAGCUGACCAGUGAUGAUGAGGAGUCUGAGGAGUCUGACAACACCCCUCUGAUGAAGGACCUGAAGAAGGCGGAGCCCAAAGCUCUGGGCGGUGCCCUGAAGGGGAAGGACUACCUGUCUGAUGCCAUGCUGGACAAGAAGGACUCCUCUGACUCCGGGGUGAGGUCCAACGAGAGCUCGCCCAAUCACUCGCUGCAGGACGAGGAGGCGGACCUGUCCCAGCUGGAUAGGGCCAAUCUGAUCGAGCUGGAAGAGGAGAGCAUGGCCAGGAAGAGGGGCCUUCCCAGCAGCCUCAGCGGCCUCCAGGACCCGGCAGUCACCCGCAUGUCCAUCUGCUCUGAGGACCAGUGCAGCCUGCUGGCCAGCAGCCCAGAAGAGAGCUGGCCCUCCUCCUCCAAGAGCUACAACCUGAACCGCACGGCCAGCAACACCACCCUUAACAACAACACCAACACCCAGCAGCAGAACCGGCCCCGCCCGCCCACCGAGGGCUCCACCUCCAACACCACCAACUCCACCCCCACUUCCUCCUCCACCAGCGAGGUCAUUGUCUCCCCUGGCUCCAGCACUGCUGCCAUCACCACCUCCACCACCACCAACACCAAGCCUGGCCCGCACAACGAGAAUGUGCGCGUGGUGCACCUGAAGAGGGGGCUGAACCCCGGUGACCCCCCGGAGAUCUGCACCGUGUCCUCCGACACGGUCACCUUUGGGGAGGAGCGUGAGAGCAUCCUGUGAUCCCCUCACGGGACCCUGGAGCCCUGACUCCUGACCCGGAACGAGAGCACUCCGUCACUAGGUGUUGUGGUAGUUUGUACUAGUGUGACCCUGCAUGCUCAGGUAGAAGUUAGGUUCAUAGAUAGAGCUCAAGUUUGGUGUGCACCAAGUAGGGGCAGCUCGCUGACGCAUUACACAGUAGUCUCGUUUUGUGAUUUGUUAAACCUUGAAAAUCAGGCCGUCCUGUCUCGUCUAAUCAGAUACUGUAUUCAGACGUUCUGCCAUGAAGUAAAAAAUAAGUAGCUUGUACUGUAACUAAUAAUUUAAUUGCCAUGCUUAUAGAAAAAAAACCUGUGUCUAAACAGUGUUUAAUUAGCAAAUAAUCGUGUAAUUACAGUGGUGCAGUGAGCUUGUGAGUUGGUGCAAUGGAGUCACGAUUGAAAUACAGUAGAAGUGCACACCUCGGUGUAAUGAAGUCAUUGUUAUCGUUCCGUAUUCGAACAAGUGAGCCAAACGAACAAAACCGUGUUGUAAGAUCCGUGUUGUCUGUGUGUUGCUGUAUACGUUGUUUAGGAAGAGCCAGCUUACCUGCACUGCCAUUGUGACAGCUCGCCAUGGGGCUUCUCUGAAGGUAGAGAGGAGAACCUUCAUACUGGGCAUGGGGCUUCUCUGAAGGUAGACGAGGGCCUUCAUACUGAGCAUGGGGCUUCUCUGAAGGUAGAGAGGAGAGCCUUCAUACUGGGCAUGGGGCUUCUCUGAAGGUAGACGAGGGCCUUCAUACUGAGUACACGUUGAAUGUCUGUGCUGUAAUACCGUAUCUAGAUCUGGAGGGCAUCCCAAGAGAAGCUCGGCUAGAUUCUGUCCAGUUAGGAAGUGAAAUGUACUGUAUUGUAUAUGUAGUAGUUGUUAAUGACAACUGUACUAGAUCAAGUCUUCAGUAUUUAUUGUUGCCUGCAACUGCCUAACCACUUGUGGCCAAUCAGAUUUGGUGUUGCAUGAAUACGUGUGUAGGAUGCAUGCAUAAAUUCAGAAUCUGUGCAAAUGUCCUAAGAGUGCUCUCAACGGUAUUGCAUGCACUGUGGUGUUAGUACUGUUACGGACUUGGAAAUAGUUGUGGAAUAAAAAGACAGAAGAUAACCAAAGUCUACAACUUUGUCUACAACGUGACUGAAAAAUAAACUUUAAAUGUUUAUGACAGUA